AUGACAGAAUUCGCACUUACUACUGAUAGUACUACUACUACUACUACUACUACUACUACUACUACUACUACUACUACUACUACUACUACUACUACUACUACUACUACUACUACUACUACUACUAAUACUAAUACUACUACUACUACUACUACUACUACUACUACUUCUACUACUACUACCACUACUACUGCUACUUCUACUACUACUACCACUACUACUACUAUCACUAAUAAUAGUAAUAAUGGUAAUAGUAAUAAACAACAUUAA